AUGGACGACUUCAGCACUCGCGAUUUGAUCCAGCAGCUGCAGACACAAAUCGAGGCGCAAGCACAAACUAUACGGGAGCAGCAUGAACUCCAACGCAAACAGGCAGAGGAGCUGGCAGCACUGAGGGCGCAGCAACCACUGCCAGAAUUGUCAGCCUCUAAUCGGCAUGACAAUAAUGAAGGGAGUCACCAUGGAGGGCCAUCUGACCCCUUAGCUGGGGGCAAAAAGGGACCCUUUUCCGUACGUAUCACCAAUUUGCUCCCAUUCACAGAUACCAUCAUGCAAGCACAUAUGCCGGAUAAACCUCCCCCGGCGUUGGACCGUUAUGAUGGUUCCGUCGAUCCCGACAAUCAUAUGCGUAACUUUAUAGACUCCAUGGCGUUCUACACCGACAACGAUCCCGUCAUUUGCAAAGCUUUCUCCUUAUCUCUUAAGGAUGAUGCCUUAGAGUGGUUCCACACUCUUCCACGGAACUCAAUAGAUUGUUUUGCAACAAUUGAGACUCUGUUCCGAAAACAGUAUGCAACCAAUAGAAAACCGGAGAUGACUGCUGCUGAGCUGGUGAAUACCAAGCAGGAGAAGGAUGAGACGUUAAGGGCGUUCAUGCAACGAUACAAUGAAACCGCCCGGCGUGUGAAAAAUAUCAAUCACACCUUCAUUAUCAGUAAUCUACCUUCAUGUUUAAAGCCAGGACAUUUCGCAGAACAACUGUAUGCCGACCCUCCCGCAUCUUUGGAAGAACUGCAAUCUACAAUUGCGAAGUUCAUCCGCAUUGAAGAUCUCCGGAGUUCUCGGAAGAAGCAGCAACAAGACACCUCCAACCAUGACAUCAAGAAGCCAUUCAAACGUCCAAUCAACGAUUAUAAACCAGACCGAGCACCUCGAAAAGAACUGGGAUGGAUAUCUAAAUAUGAUCGUUACACAACCCUUAAUGCACCAAGGGCAAAGGUGCUCGAAGAGGCUUUGCAUGCCGAACUCUUAACCGUACGACGAAAGGCUACCCAGAAAUAUGCAGAUAAUCGUAAAGCCUGCCUUUUCCGCAUGAAUCAUGGACACGACACUGAGGAAUGCAAUAUGGUGAAGGACGAACUGGAGCGGCUUAUCCGAGCAGGAUACCUCCAAAAUUACAUUAAAGACAGAAUCUCCACCAAAGCCACCCCUUCCCCUCGAAAGGAUCCUUUCCGACAAGGCCCCGAGCGAUCACCUCCUAGGGUCGAGCGACGCCGCAGGAGAUCACGUAGCCCGCCCCGACAAACAGAGCGGGAACGUUCGGUCCGAGGUCGGAUCGACACCAUAUCUAGUGGUUUUGCCGGGGGGAGCAUCCUCUUCAGCCAGGAAAUGCAGUUUGAGGUAUCUAAAAUCAGUACAUAUGGUCGACCAACAACCUCGGUCAAUCCCUGA